GCGCGCCUGAGGUAGAGAGACGCCGGCCCGGUCAGGCCUCGGCGCGGCCUACACGCUUCGCUCACCCGCUCCCGCCCCGGCUCCGCGCCCGGCCAUGGCGGAGUCCUCGCCCGCCCGACGCCCGGUGCCCCUCAUCGAGUCGGAGCUGUACUUCCUUAUCGCUCGGUACCUAUCGGCCGGCCCGUGUCGGAGAGCCGCCCAGGUGCUGGUGCAGGAGCUGGAGCAGUACCAGUUGCUGCCGAAGAGGUUGGAUUGGGAGGGCAACGAGCACAACAGGAGCUACGAGGAAUUGGUCUUGUCCAAUAAGCAUGUGGCUCCUGAUCAUCUGUUGCAAAUCUGCCAGCGCAUCGGUCCCAUGUUGGAUAAAGAAAUUCCACCCAGUAUUUCAAGAGUCACUUCUUUACUUGGUGCAGGAAGGCAGUCUUUGCUACGUACAGCAAAAGACUGCAGGCACACAGUUUGGAAGGGCUCUGCCUUUGCUGCUCUUCAUAGAGGAAGACCUCCUGAAAUGCCGGUGAAUUAUGGUUCCCCACCAAAUCUUGUGGAGAUACAUCGAGGAAAACAACUCACAGGGUGUUCCACUUUUAGCACAGCAUUUCCAGGAACUAUGUAUCAGCAUAUAAAAAUGCACAGAAGGAUUCUCGGACAUCUAUCUGCUGUUUACUGUGUAGCAUUUGAUAGGACAGGACAUAGAAUCUUUACAGGUUCAGACGAUUGUUUGGUGAAGAUUUGGUCAACACACAAUGGCCGCCUAUUAUCCACAUUAAGAGGUCAUUCUGCAGAAAUUUCAGAUAUGGCAGUAAACUAUGAGAAUACAAUGAUUGCCGCAGGGAGCUGUGAUAAAAUAAUUAGAGUGUGGUGCUUGAGAACUUGUGCUCCAGUUGCUGUGCUCCAAGGACACACGGGGUCAAUUACAUCUUUACAGUUUAGUCCAAUGGCCAAAGGCUCUCAAAGAUACAUGGUCUCUACUGGUGCUGAUGGGACAGUUUGUUUUUGGCAGUGGGAUUUAGAAUCCCUGAAAUUCAGUCCACGUCCCCUGAAGUUCACUGAAAAGCCUAGACCAGGCGUUCAAAUGCUUUGUUCUUCUUUUAGUGUUGGUGGUAUGUUUUUAGCCACAGGUAGUACUGAUCAUGUAAUCAGAAUGUAUUUUUUGGGUUUUGAAGCACCUGAAAAAAUCGCAGAACUUGAAAGUCACACUGAUAAAGUUGAUAGUAUCCAAUUUUGUAACAAUGGUGAUCGGUUUUUAAGUGGUAGCAGAGAUGGAACAGCACGGAUUUGGAGAUUUGAGCAGUUAGAAUGGAGAAGCAUCUUACUGGAUAUGGCUACAAGAAUCUCAGGAGAUUUAUCUUUAGAAGAGGAAAGGUUUAUGAAACCCAAAGUAACAAUGAUAGCUUGGAAUCAGAAUGAUAGCAUUGUUGUCACAGCUGUGAAUGAUCAUGUCCUCAAAGUGUGGAAUUCUUAUACUGGACAACUGCUUCAUAACUUAUUGGGACAUGCUGAUGAAGUAUUUGUUUUGGAGACACAUCCCUUUGAUUCCAGAAUUAUGUUAUCUGCAGGACAUGAUGGCAGCAUAUUUAUAUGGGAUAUUACAAAAGGCACCAAGAUGAAACAUUAUUUUAAUAUGAUUGAAGGACAAGGACAUGGAGCUGUAUUUGACUGUAAGUUUUCACAGGAUGGACAGCAUUUUGCCUGUACAGAUUCUCACGGUCACCUUCUGAUAUUUGGUUUUGGAUGCAGCAAGCCAUAUGAAAAGAUUCCCGAUCAGAUGUUCUUCCAUACUGACUAUCGGCCACUGAUUAGGGAUUCUAAUAAUUAUGUCUUAGAUGAGCAGACUCAGCAGGCUCCUCAUCUUAUGCCUCCACCAUUCUUGGUAGAUGUAGAUGGAAAUCCUCAUCCAACUAAGUAUCAGAGAUUAGUACCAGGCCGAGAAAAUUCUGCAGAUGAACAUUUGGUUCCACAGCUAGGUUACGUGGCAACAAGUGAUGGAGAGGUAAUUGAACAAAUUAUAAGCCUACAAACCAAUGACAAUGGUGAACGAAGCCCAGAGUCCAGUGUUCUUGAUGGAAUGAUAAGACAGUUGCAGCAGCAGCAAGACCAGAGAAUGGGAGCAGGUCAAGAUGCUGUUCCAAGUGGACUUUCAAAUGGGGAAGAAACACCCCGAAGAGGUUUUAGAAGACUAAGCUUAGACAUCCAGUCCCCUCCAAAUAUUGGUCUGCGUCGUAGUGGACAAGUGGAAGGUGUUCGUCAGAUGCACCAGAAUGCUCCACGUAGUCAGAUGGCUACAGAGCGUGACCUGCAGGCCUGGAAACGAAGAGUGGUUGUACCAGAGGUACCACUAGGCAUAUUUAGGAAGUUGGAAGACUUCAGAAUAGAGAAAGGUGAAGAAGAAAGAAAUCUUUAUAUAAUUGGAAGAAAGAGGAAGACUCUCCAUCUUUCACAAAAGUCUGAUUCCGUGGCUUUGAUGUCACAAUCUAGGCAGAGGACAUGUAGGCGUAAAUAUCCAAAUUACGGUAGAAGAAAUCUUGGACGGCUUGAGUUGUCUUCUGGAAAUGAAUCUUCAAGCUCCGUAAGACAUGAGACUUCCUGUGAUCAAAGUGAAGGUUCUUGUUCUUCUGAAGAAGAAGAAUGGAAAAGUGAUAGAAGAAGUGAAAGUGACAGUGAAAGUUCAAGUGGCUCUUCAUCUAGAUAUUCUGAUUGGACGGCUGACGCAGGCAUCAAUCUGCAGCCUCCUUUACGAACGUCAUCCCGUCGACGAAUUACUCGGUUUCGUAGUAGUUCAGAGGACGAAAUGUCUACUGAGAAUUUAUCUCCUCCAAAAAGGAGACGAAAGAGAAAGAAAGAAAAUAAGCCUAAAAAAGAGAAUCUGCGGAGGAUGACUCAGGCAGAGCUUGCAAACAUGGAACGUUUAUAUGAAUUUCAUCCUCCGGUUUGGAUAACUGACACCACACUUCGGAAGUCUCCUUUUGUUCCUCAAAUGGGUGAUGAGGUAAUAUAUUUUCGACAGGGUCAUGAAGCUUAUAUUGAGGCUGUCAGAAGAAAUAACAUUUAUGAACUGAACCCUAACAAGGAGCCAUGGAGAAAAAUGGAUCUUAGGGAUCAAGAGUUGGUCAAAAUAGUUGGAAUACGAUAUGAGGUUGGGCCCCCUACACUUUGUUGCCUCAAACUAGCAUUUAUAGAUCCUGCGACUGGAAAACUUAUGGACAAAUCUUUCUCUAUUAGAUAUCAUGAUAUGCCAGAUGUUAUUGACUUUCUUGUAUUGCGUCAAUUUUACGAUGAAGCAAGACAGAGGAACUGGCAGUCUUGUGACAGGUUUCGUUCUAUCAUUGACGAUGCUUGGUGGUUUGGAACGGUGCUGAGUCAAGAGCCGUAUCAGCCACAGUACCCUGAUAGUCAUUUCCAGUGUUACAUUGUUAGGUGGGACAAUACUGAAAUUGAAAAACUUAGCCCAUGGGACAUGGAACCAAUACCUGAUAAUGUUGAUCCACCUGAAGAAUUAGGAGCCAGUAUUUCUGUCACUUCAGAUGAGCUAGAGAAAUUGCUCUACAAACCCCAAGAUGGUGAAUGGGGUCAGAAAUCGAGAGAUGAAGAAUGUGAACGAAUUAUUAGUGGUAUAGAUCAACUUUUGAAUCUUGAUAUAGCAGCAGCUUUUGCAGGUCCAGUUGAUCUGUGUACAUAUCCAAAGUACUGUACUGUAGUGGCCUAUCCAACUGAUCUGUACACGAUUCGAAUGAGACUUGUUAAUCGAUUUUACAGGAGGCUAUCUGCAUUAGUUUGGGAAGUCAGAUAUAUAGAACAUAAUGCCAGAACAUUUAAUGAACCUGAGAGUGUAAUUGCAAGAUCAGCUAAGAAGAUAACUGACCAGCUUUUGAAAUUUAUCAAGAGUCAAGACUGUACAAAUAUCUCAGAACUUUCUAACACUUCUGAAAAUGAUGAGCAAAAUGCCGGGGAUUUGGAUGAUAGUGAUCUUCCUAAAACAUCUUCUGGAAGAAGGAGAGUUCAUGAUUGGAAAGCAAGGCGCAUCAAAGCAACCAAUUAUGUUGAAAGCAACUGGAAGAAACAGUGUAAGGAACUAGUGAACUUAAUAUUUCAAUGUGAAGAUUCUGAACCAUUUAGACAACCUGUUGAUUUGGUUGAAUAUCCAGAUUACCGAGAUAUUAUAGAUACUCCAAUGGAUUUUGGAACAGUAAGGGAAACUUUGGAAGCGGGAAAUUAUGACAGCCCUUUGGAAUUUUGCAAAGACAUCCGGUUGAUAUUUAGCAAUGCAAAAGCAUAUACACCAAAUAAAAGAUCAAAGAUUUACAGUAUGACGUUGAGAUUGUCUGCCUUAUUUGAAGAAAAAAUGAAGAAAAUUUCUUCUGAUUUUAAGAUUGGUCAAAAAUUCAGUGAAAAACUUCGAAGAAGCCAGAGGUUCAAGAGACGGCAAAAUUGUAACCGUGUCAAUCAGUCUAACAAAAGUAUCAGAAAUAUCAAGCAGAAGCGCUUAAAAUCUCAGGCAAAAGUAAUUCCGGAGUUGGUAGGUUCUCCUGUCCAGUCUACCUCAAGUAGGGCAGCUUAUUCUACAAGCCGCAAGACAAGUGCUAGUGUCUCUUCGGGUGUUACUUCUGGUGAUUCUUCAGAUUCAGCGGCAUCAUCAGAAAGAAUGAGGAGAAAUACACCUGUCACUCUAACAAAUGGUUCUACAUUAUCUGAAAGUGAAAUGGAAGAUUCCUUAGGUACCUCUUCAUCAUCUUCAGCUUCAAAUAGUUCAGAGGAAAGCAAAGAGAGUUCAAGAGCUCGUGAAUCCUCCUUACGUAGUGGGCUGGCCAGGAGCAGGGUGACCAGAACCAGAGCCGCCAAAAGAAAAACUGGUCCAGUUUCUUUAGAAAAUGGAUGUGGUAGAAGAGCCACUAGAAAGAGAGUCUAUUUAAGUGACUCUGAUAACAAUUUUUUGGAGACUGGUGAAAGUCUAAAAGCCAGAGCUGGAAGUAACCGAAAAGUGCUACGAAAGUGUGCUGCUGUGGCUGCCAAUAAGAUAAAGUUAAUGAGUGACGUAGAGGAGAAUUCUAGCUCUGAAAGUGUCUGUUCUGGCCGUAAGCUGCCUCACCGCAAUGCUUCUGCUGUAGCUAGAAAAAAGUUAUUACAUAAUUCUGAGGAUGACCAGAGCUUAAAGUCAGAACUUGAAGAAGAAGAGCUUAAAGAUCAAAAUCAACCAUCACCAUUGUCCAGUUCUCAUGCUGCCCAGAAUACUGAAAAUGGAGAUUCAGAGUCAGAAAGUGAUUUGCGGGUAGCCCGGAAAAAUUGGCAUGCUAAUGGUUACAAGUCCCAAACUGCAGCAACUUCUAAAACAAAAUUUCUUAAGAUAGAGUCUUCUGAGGAAGACUCUAAAAGUCAUGAUUCAGAUAAUGGACGUAACAGAACUGCUGGCCCAUCAACAUCUUCGCAGAAACCUAAGGCAGAAAGCAUCUCAGAGGAAGAGGAGGAAGCAAAUUCUGAACCAAGAAAAUAUGGUGGUAGGAGAUACAACACAGGUCGCAAGAAUGCUGCUUUCCUUAAAAAAGCAAAAAUCUUCAGUGAUUCAGAGGACUCUGAAUCUGAAGCAGAAGAUGGAGAAGACGGUAGAUAUCAUAAAAUGGAAAUUAACCCGAGUUCAGGGAAUGUGAAGUGUGAACCUAUUGCUGGGUCCCAGUGUUUUUCAGAUCAUGUAUCUGAAACUGAUCUGAAUUCAGAUGAUGACAAGAAAACAAAAGAAAAACCAAACAAUUUUAUGAAAGACUCUGCAUCACAAGACCAUGGACAAAGCAGAAAAGUUGCCAGGAAAAGGGUCUGUUCCAGUGACUCAGACAGCAAUUCGAAGGUGGUUAAGAAAGCAUCAAAAGCCAAAAUGGGUCUCCUAAGAGUUCCUCGAAGAUGUGCCACCACCGCUGCUACUAGGAUCAAGCUAAUGAGUGAUGUGGAAGACGUCGGUUUAGAAAAUGUGUGUACUAGAAGCAAAAAGGGAAGGAAAAAGUCCCUCCAUUUUGCAUGUACCACAGCUAAGAAGAUAGUGAGUGAUUCUGAGGGAGAUGUAAACUGUGACGUGCCAAACGAACAAUAUGGCUGUGAAGGGAAGCCACCUGAAGCCGACUCAGACGGUAGUACAAAAAGUAUUAAUCAGUCUUUAAAUGAAGACUCAGACUCUGAAGGUAUGUUGAAUUCAAGACACAAGAACAGGCAUACCAGUAGUCACAAAACAAAUGUUGCACCUUCUAAAACAAAGAAUUCCUUGAUUGGGUCUUCGGAGGAAGAUUCAAAAAGCCAUAUUCCAGGGAACGAGACUGGUAGAAAAGGUUCUUCUGAGUCAACUCCGGUGCAAAAGGCUACUGCAGAGAAUAACUUUGAAGAGGAACUGAAUUAUGGGCUACGCAGGUGGAAUGGCAGAAGACUCAGGACCUAUGGGAAGGCUCCUUUCAGUAAGACCAAAGUGAUGCGGGAUUCGCAGGAAGCAGCCGAGAUGGCAGAAAUGAAAAGGAAGAGACUGCAUCCUGAAUUGGAAAAUGUGAAAGCUUCUGAAACAACAGGGAGCUCAAAGUGUGGACCUGACACUAGUCCCAAAUCUGAUUCAGAUUUGGGGUCUGCCACUGAAUCAGAUGCUGACUUUACUGAUGAUACAAAAACCAAAAAGAGGAAAAUGAAAGGAAAAGCAAAAGUAGUUAGAAAAGGUAAAACUUUUACAGCUAACGUAUCUAAAACCGUGAGACGACAAAGACAAAGCAAACGUCCUAGGUUAAACGUGGAUGAUAAUGACUGGGAGGAUGUGGACUAUGCAAAAUCUAAAAGAGUUCUUCGGCGUUCAAAAAUAAAGACGAGAAAUCAGGGUAGGAGGACCGUGAGAUACCAUGAUGGGGAUGAUGAUAGAAGCUUAGAAAAUGUGUUAGAUUUUGAUGAUUGCACCUUAUGACCUUGAGGGAAAACCAGUUCAUUUAAAGAGGGAAUGGACUGGAAUUUAUAGUGAAAGCUGGCUGUUGAAAUUAUUUUUUGUCCUACAAUUCAGGGAAUAUAUUUAUAUUUUUCUAUGAAAAGUUAUGAAUGUGACUAAAUCAUGACUGUUAUUUUUAUUUGCACUUGCUUGCCUUUGUAGCAGCAUUCAGCACAGGUGCCAAAAUAUGCUUCAUUUUGGGGGCAGAUCUACUUUGACAGUAUUUACAUAUAGCAAGAGUUUGAAAUAUGUUAAACACUAGACAUUCUGGUUAUCAAAACCAAUGAGCAUUACUUUCAUGGUAGCAAUUGUCAUACAGUUAUUUUCAGAAUUCGUCAAGAGGUGGUAGUUUCUAAUCCCAGUCCUAUUGUAGUAUGAAUUUCAUGUGACCUUUGUUUACAGAUUCUUCAUAAAUACUCUGUGCAUACUGACAUAACAAUUGUGGGAGGGGUAACCAUGAUCAGUAGGCAAGGUACCUACCACUUUUUUCUUUCCCUGGCUACUUGAGUAGAAUGCAUUAUACCAGAUUGGUCAUUUUCAUUGAAAUGGUUUCCAAUUUUUGUUUCAAAGCCCUGUUGGGUCUUUCUCUUUUUCUUUAUUUUUAAGGAAAAUAUCAUCCAUUAUAUUUUAUAAACUUGAAUUUAUAAAGUGCUGGUAAAUUAUUAUUUUUUUUAACGUUUGUGCAUUAUAAACCUCUAAGGCCAGACCAUAGUACUAGCAUUUUCUUUUAAAUUGUGCACUAACAAAAUGCUAUAUAAUUUGUCUUUCCAAGAUCUCCUGGUUUCCAUGUACGGAAUUUAACCAAAAUCUUGGUCUUCCAUAGUCUUACUCUGUGAAAUAGAGGAGUUUGUGUGCCUUAGAUUUAGAUAAAGUGUGUUCUUUAAUAGAGUGUACAGGGCUAAAAGAGUAAAUUAUGUGUAAUUUCCCCCUAUCUCUUGAAAUUGUAGAGUUGAUUUUUGUUAAGAGUGCAAUCACAAAUCUCAUUUAUAUAGGAAAAUAGUUAAAUGUCAUUCUCCAUCUCUUUUAGUCUACUGCUGCCAUGUGCAAUCCCAAGCAUUCUUUGCUGGUGCAACUAAGUAUCUUUAUUAGUGACCUCUAGUUUAAAUCUAAGAAACUGUCAUGUGUUGUUGGAAAAUAAUUUUGAAAUCCACUUAAAGCGUAACUUUUACAUCAUCAAAUACCAUAGUACACUUAUUUUCGAGCCAAAUAUUUUUACUUGAUAGGUUGUGCUACUCCAAACAGUAUAGGUGGCCAUUCCUAGCUUGUUUGUGCCUGAAGAUGGACUUGAUUCAAGUGGUUUACAUAUUUCGUAGCUAAGGGGGUAUGUUACAGUACUCCCACCCUUUGUUAUUUAUUGGCCCUAACUGUGUUUGGUUUCAGACAAAAUUAACCCUUUUCUCCUGUGUAUCCUUAAGGUGGCAGAUAAGGAAAAGCAUCAGACUCUGGUAUCAGUGUUAGAGUGUUCUUAAGUGUUGCUACUUUUUAGUUAUCUUUUCCAGUUGACAUGGUAGAAGGUACUUUCUCUUUCUACUCUGGUAUAAGGGGAAGGAUGUUCUUAGACAUUACCAACUGAGGUAGGUGGUAUACCUACCUCUCCUUUGGUUGUUGAGAGAGCUAUCACCACUUCAAAACUAUGAUGAUUUUCUUCUGAAAGCUCGUAUUAACUGUAUUAUUAACAGAUUGAGUCAGGAUAAUUGUCCUUGACUACUGACCUGAAAAAAAUUAAUGGCAUGCUCUUCCUUAAUUUUAAGAAAUGGUGAUAGAUGUCGUAUCCAUUAAUUUAUUUUAACUCUUCUUAAGCUUCUCUGUUUUAUAUCUAUUCUCAGGGUUAUAACUCCAUGUUUACCAUCACCUGGAAAAAGGUACCAAAAAAAUCCAUAAAUAAAUAUGGAAUAUAUUCAUAAAUACAUCAGUUCUUUUGGUAAAAUGAUACUUUGACCAUUUAGGCUUCAUCAGUAGAACUAGUCUUAUCUUUUGGACUGAAUUAACUUAAUUGAUUGGCUGGUCAACCGUUCAUAAUUGUUCAUUUUGUCCAAAAUGGUUAGGCCUUUGUGUGUAGAAGCAGUAUUUUGGUUUCAUCUGAAAAACAAACAAACAAACCCCCCCAAAAAUUGGCCUGGUGACUUUGAAAGCAUGGUUGACAAUGGUAGCUUCUCAAGUUCUGAAGUAAAACUAAGGGAUUAUAGAAAGGAUCAUUUUUAUGGGUUUUUUUGGUCACGGUGCUAUUCCUAAGGUUAACUUUGAAUAUGUGACACACACUGCUAAGUACCUUUAAGGAAAAUUAAUAAAUAAUUAAUAGUUCAAAAUGUUUACAUUGAGCACUAGAACAUGUUUGACUUUUUUUCUACUUUAUGUGAAAUGAGCAGGGAUUUAAUGCACAGAUGUACUUUAAUAUGUUUGGGAUCAGUUUGUAUUUUUCUUGUGAAAAAAGACAAAAGGUUACAAAGUGAAUGUGAACUGAUCCAGAAGUAAGUGCUAUAGCUUUCAGUUGCACUUGAAGUAACUUAAUGAUGUAUAUGAAAAAAAGACUACUGUGGUUGUUUAUGUCCAAAGCCCUAUGAUUUUAUUCAUUUAUGGUUAAAAAAAAAAAGGUUUGAGGUGUAUUUAGAUUUGAUUUUUGAUUCCUUUGAAAGACUAAUUUUACCAAGCAUAUUAAGACAAAAAGAUUUCAGACAUUAAAAAAAAAAGGUGAGGUUUAAAAAAGCUUUUUUUCCCCCACUUCCUGCUUAUUUAAAAAGGGUAUACUGACAAUGUGUAGUAACUUCUGAAUAAAAGGAAAAGUUUAUUCCAUUUUCAGGUAAUUCCUAGGGUAAUCAUUCUCCCUUUAUCUUAGGGAUUUAAACCCUUUGUCAAUUUAGUAAUCCUUGAAAGAAUGAUAAAGCAUUUAUUUACUCACAGCUUCUAAGUUAACAACAAAAAAGUUUCUUCUAGAUAGUUAAGAGUUGUACCUAAAAAAUAAAUUAGUUUUAUAAUAAGAGAAUGGGGGGAAAUAACUUAUGUUUUAGGAAAAGGCACUUCAAAACCUAGAAGUGCAAAUGGGAAAAGGAGACGUAAACCAAUAAACAUGCCAUCUGAAGGUAACUACUGUCCAAAAAUAAGACACAUCACUGAAUCCUUCACACUCCAUUGCUUGAUGACUUCUUAAGUAAAAAUUGUUAUUUAGAGUAAUGUUGGGUCCAUACUGUGUUCCCUGUCCCUCUUCCAGCCUUUUUUUCUUUAGAAUAAUCAGAACACAGAAUUUAUUAACUUCACUGUAUGGUAUUAAAAACUAAAAUGAAAGGAUUUUAUUAAUCUCUCCUGUCAGUACAAAUUGAAUUUGUGUUACCUGAAAAAAAUGAGAGGUUUGUAUAUCAGUAGAUUGCAAGAACAUUGUUAAAGGUGCAUACAGUAUUUUUGGUUUUCCUUUCUACUCAGUUGUACUCGUUUUUUGAGUAAUAUUUAAAUGGCUAGAAAAGGUUUUUUUGCCUGCCUUUUUAUAGCUGAAAUGCCAUCUCCACUCUUUUCAUUGAUACUAAGUCAAUAUACUUACUUUAUCAGGUAUCUUGUGGUUGUCAUCAAAUCUUUUAGUUCGUACAUUGUAUAGAAAUUAUAGUUCACUUAUUCUAGUAUGAUGGAGUUUAACAAAGCACCUUCAUUGUAGAAGAACUUUCCGCCUGUUAAUUAUUUAAGUUAUAUCUCUCAACUUCUGCUGUGGGUAUCAGGGAAUAAUAAAGCAGAAACCCUAAGAAAUUUGCAACCUAACAGAAUAAGACUGUCUCUUAUUCUAGUAUUCAGGAACACACAUACCAGCUCAAAUAUAUUUGUCAAAGCUAGGGAGAAAAUGGAGCAUUGUGGAAGAAUCUAGUCCAACUUGAUUUGUAAAUGCUAAUCCUACUUAUAGCUCAAAUUGUGAAUUUAAUGGAAAGAACUGAAGUGUGAAAAGUAUAAUGGUGAGGGCUGUGUUGUGUUUUCUCACAUUUUAAGAAAAGUUUUUAUAGCUGUUUCUUAAAAUUAUAUAUGUUGCCUAAGGAUACAUGGGAAUUCUCAAAGUUAAGAGAAAUUUUUACCAAUCACUCAUAAUCUGCCAAACUGGUUCCUAAUAUGUUGUUAAUUUGGUAGAAGAAUAUCAAGACUCUUACUUGGUAUCUCUUCAAAGAUUGCCUUUAUGGAUUUGAUGGAGGGAGGAGGGGCAGGGGCACUCACAGCAUUUGAGUCCUACAGAUUUGCAGGCUCUAUCUUUGGCAGCAUGCAAGUCGCUACAGACUAUUUGUCAAGACCGAUCAUUUCAUUGAAUUUAAUUAUCAGUGCUACAGCAUAUUGUCUGGUCACACUUUAGUUUUUACAUUAAUUUUAAGGUAAGUUUUAUCAUUUAUUAAAAUCUUUAAUGGGAAUUAGGACUGUAAAGAGAAAGAGGCAUUCUGAAAAUUGAAAUGGGAUCGCACAGACUAUGUGGACUGCAGCAGCCAGCCCUACCUACUGUUGGUUCCACAAGGAAAAUUAUAUAGAAAUCAUUACCUUUUUCGAUCAGUGGUUAAAUGUUAAAGGAAUCUUUAAUUUUUAAUAGGUUGAAGUUGAUUUCCUAAGUUUUGAUCCACCCUUAGUCCUUGCACUGUAUGGACAUAUUCAGUUCAUCUGUAAAAUUCUACCAUUUUAGUGCAGCUUGUCUCCCACAUGAGAGCUCUACUUUAACUUUUUCUAAAUUAGCUCGUUACCACGACUGAGUCAGCAUUGUCACCUAGGAACCAAUUUUUUAGACAACUGAAGUAGUAGAGUAUAAUAAAUUUAAGUCAUCAUAAUUAUAAGCAAAGGCUUUUUUUUUUUUAAA